CUGAAAAACAUAAAGAAGCCAGCUUUUUAACGGGCACAAAGAGAAAGGAGAUUAAAUUUGGGGUUAGGGUUUUGUUUGUGAGAAAAAAAGGAAUAAAAAUGGAGGGUUGGGACCCGAACACGAAGUCGACGCUAACCCAGAUCCCACUGUUGACGACGAAGGCCGGGCCGAGAGAUGGGGCGGCAUGGACGCAGAGGCUGAAGGAGGAGUACAAGGCUUUGAUCGCCUACACCCAGAUGAACAAGUCCAACGACAACGAUUGGUUCCGAAUCUCCGCGGCCAAUCCGGAGGGGACACGUUGGACCGGAAAGUGCUGGUACGUCCACAACCUCCUCAAGUACGAGUUCGAUCUCCAGUUCGAUAUCCCCGUCACCUACCCAGCCACCGCACCUGAGCUUGAGCUCCCUGAGCUCGACGGCAAGACCCAAAAGAUGUAUAGAGGGGGGAAGAUCUGCUUGACAGUGCAUUUCAAGCCGCUUUGGGCCAAGAACUGUCCGAGGUUUGGUAUAGCACAUGCACUAUGUUUGGGUCUUGCACCAUGGCUUGCAGCAGAGAUUCCCAUUCUUGUGGAUUCUGGUAUGGUUAAGCACAAAGAUGAUGCUGCAUCAUCAGCUGAAUCUUAGUUCAAUGUAAUAUUGACACUGUAAGAGUAAACCUCGAUGACGGAAAAUAAGUGUUGAGCCAUAAGUAGCGGUGGGCACGGUCCAGUUUGGACCGGUUUUCUUAAAAGAUUGGAACGUGGACCGAAAAUGAGGACCAGUUCGGGUUGGACCGGCUUUGCUAAAAAUUCAUACAUAAAUCCGAACCAAUCCGAACCUGUUCGGUUCCGAUUUGGGCAUGAGCCCAAAAUUUAAUUUUUUUUAUUUUUUUACAAACCUGCCCAGAAUGUAUUUAUAUUAUUGACAUUGGAAAAGAAGCAUCUCCUAUGUGCUUCUCCAUAAAAUCACUUCAAAUCACUUAGGGCUAGUUUGAGAUUGUUGUCACUUAUUAAUAAAUAAAUAAAAAGUUGCUUC